AUGGCGGAAGGCGCCCUCCUGGCCGAUGCCACUGGACACGAAACAAUCCCGCAUCAGUCCCGAAGCAGCUCAACGACACCGGUUUCGCAUCAUCUCAUGAGGACAAGUGUGGAGGACAUUGAUACCGAAGGCGCUCCCAUUUCCGACACUGCCACGGCCGAAACAAUCCCGCUUUCACCUCCGAACAAGGCGGCGAUUCAAACCCCCGAUCAUAUGUCAACUGAGAUGGAGGAAAGCAACCAGCAAACCGAAAUCAUGUCAGAUCGCGCCUCCUUGAGGAGUACCACCACACCCGAGAUGAUCCCACUGCCAUCCCUGAAGAUUGAUGAGGACGAAGAGCAGUCCCCUGGCACACCAUUCACGCAGCUAAACACUAAUGAUCUGCAGAGCAUGGUUGAUGUUAACAUGGCUCCGCUUGAGGAGGGAGACCGCCGCAAUGCAGCGGAGAUCCAAAGAUUCUAUCAACUGGGCUCGAGACUUUGGACUACGGGAAUGUUUGAGGAACUUGAGGAUUGUAUUAAGCAAGCUGACGGCAAACCAUCCUUCAUUGAAGUGCGCUGCCUUGAUGCAAACUGGGCCAUGAACUGGCAGGAUUGGUCUCAAAAACCGCAAGACGGAAAACCCCUCAUCAGCUUCAGACUCUACCAAGAACUAGUAUAUAACUGCGCCGCUCCCGGUAAUUCGGGACGAUGUGCGGUUUACCUCGACUCUUUCACGAAGCAGGUUCCCAAGAUGCCAAGUGGCGUUCUGGCUGCACAAUACCAUGAAGUGAAGAAAGCCUGGAACAUCAGUAUGGUUUGCCUUGAGCUCCGAGAUCUCUUGGAGAAACUCCGCAUCCCGGGCGGCAAAGAUGGGAAGAAGGGCAUUAGCAAGCUAAUCUGCUUCGGUCUUGGUACGAUGGAGGAAGAUUUCGUCGACAAAUUGGAUCCCAAGCCGUGGAGAUCCAUGACCCAGCAUGCUGCACUCAUGACCAUUGUAGACCUUCUAGAGGAGCGGCAGGGACACCGUAUUCCCAUUGUUGCGCAGGAUCCUUGGUACACCGAAGAUACCCGAGACAUCCUAGAGUGCGAUAACGUCGACGUUGCGGAGGGUUAUGGCAGUCUGGCAUUCACCCAGAUCGACUCACAGACGCUUGUUUACAGCGUGAACCCUAGCGUCCCUGUGAAACAAAUCAUUGCGGACAUCGCGAGACCUGCAAUAAUGAUUUGUAAUCGAAUCAAACCCAGGUCUGAGGAGAAGACGGAGUGGGAACCAGUGCAGACUGGAGACACACCAACCAAGUACCUUGCCCCCUGGUGCGCGGAUGAGGACUCGCCCCGAACUCGAGAGAUGGCCCAGGAGUACAACACAAUGAACUUCCCCGAUUACGAAACUCCUGAGCCGCCUCGUUUUGGUGACUUGAAAGUCUACGUGCGCAAAGCCGAUUUUGUGGCUGGCAACUUUCGCAAGUUGGAAAAGUCCGGCCGCGUUAAGAUGGGCUUCGAGGCAUAG